AUGGGGUUCCCGUCGGUGUGCUACUGCGUGAUCCUGCCGCAGCCGCUGAUCCUGGUGCUGCAGCUGCUGGACUUCCUCCGGCACGCCGUGCUGCUCUGCCUGUCCUCGCUGGGCCUCGCGGCGCCGCCGGCCGCCGACGACCACCCAGCCUACGCGGCCCCACAGCCGGCGGAUCUCUGGGCGCUGCAGCCGUCGUCGUCGUCGUCCCUGCUGCUGCAGGCGGCGCCGCCCACGCCGGCCGCCAUCAAGGCCCGCCUCCCCGCCGUCCGGUACGCCGACCUCGUCAGGUCCCGCCGCACCGCGUCCCCGGCCGUCUGCGCGGUGUGCCUGGGCGCGCUCGAGGCGCGGCACCGCGUCCGCGAGCUCGGCAACUGCGCGCACGCCUUCCACAAGGCCUGCAUCGACAAGUGGGUCGACAAGGGCCAGGCCACCUGCCCGCUCUGCCGCGCCCUCCUCCUCCCUGACCCCAGCAGCGCCGGCGACGGCGAGCUCGCCUCCUCCCCCUUCUCCUUCUGA